CUUGGCUGAGCCACAUCCACUCAAUCGGGCGACAAAUCUCAUCAUUUUUCAACACUCACCAAGCUACGACGUUGAACAGACUCAGUCCUACCACAACUAUGAAUACGAUGAUGGCAUCUUCUCAGCCUAUAUCCCCUCAUGUUCCCUUUCUUCUCCUCACCUCCCGCCUCGUCAUCGUGCCCACACCUACCGCCAUCUCUCUUCCGUCAUAUUGCGCUCUUUACGCCAGCCUACAUGCAAAUGCACUAUUUUGCAAGACUGCCUUUGGUCAUCAUCUUCCUCCGAUGAACUGGAGCAAAGAAAAGACUCAUGAGAUGGUCUUGAAAGACGUUGUUCAUCGUUGGGGAAAGAGAGGAAUGGGUGAUUUUGCGGUUGGUCUCCGUGCAUCGAUGGACAAUGGCGGGCUUGACAAGGGAAGAUCAUUGGGGUCACCGCAGGAGUUGCGAAUUUUUGAAGGAGACGAUUAUAAUCAGCUAGUUCAGUCCGAUGAACAGACUCUAGAUCCUAUCACAUGGAUUGGCUACGCGGGGGUACGCGACGCCACCACGACGUCCAUGCCGGCUCGGACAGAAGACGAUCCACCAUUGCCCCCAUGGCUGGAAAUGAUUGAGCUUCGCUACGGUUUAAGCCAGGAUUAUUGGGGACAAGGCCUAGCCAAGGAAGCCGCAGAAGCAGUUAUGCAGUGGGCCACCACUGAAAGAGGUGCGACGAGGUUCAUCGCCGAGACGGAGAGAGAGAAUAGCCAGAGCGGAAGGGUGUUGGAAAAGAUGGGAUUUUCGCCAAGUGGGACAAAUUAUUGGAAGGAACCCAGCGAGCUGGAGUGGGCGAAAACUGUCUGAAGGAUGUGUGUUUUAUACAUAGAAAAGCAAUUAUUUGGACCGCGCACUUUACCGUGUCUGAUUGAUGUGUGAACUUUGUAUUGAUUAGUUCUUAGGAUAAUGG